UUAGUAUGAUCCAUGUUCGUACCAUUGAAUAACAGUUGCUUAUUGUUUGUUUUCCAGGAAAUGAUAACGUCUAGAAUAAUGCACCCGUUUGUUCUUCCGUUAUUAGCUGUUGUUGAUCGACUUCAAGAAAACUUGGAAUUUUGGUUUGUUUCUCCACUCUGCAAAAAUGGUGAUCUUAAUGCUGCUAUUAAGAAGGGCAAUGUAAUAACUAAAGAGAUAACAUUUGUGAAGAUUCUCCUCCAUAUUGCGUUGGCCAUCCAGUAUAUCCACACUGCAGUGCCAAAAGUCAGGGAUGUCAUCCUUCAUAAGGACAUUUCAUCUAAAAAUGUUGUGUUGGAUGAUGCUUUUAAUGCUCGCCUAAUUGACUUUGGAUUGGCAAGAGAAAAAGACGAUGUAACAACAAAUGCAAAUGGAAAUGUAUAUUAUUCACAUCCCAAGUUUGGAGAAGAAGAUGCUACGGAAAGCUGGGAUUAUUACAGUUUAGGAGUCAUUAUCAGGGAAAUGUUGACCGGUCUUAGGCCUCAAGGAAUUGGAAGCACGUUUCUGAAGAAAAUCAAAGCUGAUCAAUUCAAGAAGAUUCUUGAGGAUUUAAAAGACAAAAAAGAAUGUGUUUGGUCAACAAGUGGUAGAGACAUACAACUAAAUAGUAUUGCUGAAAAGUGUCUGCAACAAAGUGACUGGAAAGUUAAAGAAUUCGACGAAAAUGUUGUUCAGGAAAUAAAACGAGUGAAACAUCGAUGACAAAGAAGCAUGCAGCAAACUGUAGACAGAAAAUUGAAGUGUGCAUAGCUUGCGAAAAGAACUCUUUUCUUAACCCAAUCAAAUGUUACUGCGGUACAGAAUUGCAACCAGA